GCGAUAAAAGGCGGCGCGUUGCGGCCCGCCCGUGUCUGCGCGCCCCGGCCCGAUGCUGGCGCUGAGCGCCGCCCGCCGCCUCCUGCCCCGCACCCGGCCCCGGCCCGGGCUCGCCCGCGGCUGCGGCUCGGGGCCCGGCGCCCCGCGGAACCCGCUGGUCUACCUGGACGUGGGCGCCGACGAGCAGCCGCUGGGCCGCGUGGUGCUGGAGCUGAAAGCUGAUGUCGUUCCAAAGACAGCAGAAAACUUUAGAGCUCUAUGUACUGGUGAAAAAGGAUUUGGAUAUAAAGGAUCCACUUUUCACAGAGUGAUUCCUUCAUUUAUGUGCCAGGGUGGUGACUUUACAAAUCAUAAUGGAACUGGUGGAAAAUCCAUUUAUGGAAGUAGAUUUCAAGAUGAAAAUUUCAUACUCAAGCAUGUAGGACCUGGUGUUCUUUCAAUGGCCAAUGCAGGACCUAAUACAAAUGGAUCUCAGUUCUUCAUUUGCACUGCAAAAACAGACUGGCUAGAUGGAAAACAUGUUGUUUUUGGGCAUGUCAAGGAAGGAAUGGAUGUUGUGAAAAAAAUCGAGAGCUUUGGUUCCAAGAGUGGAAAGACGUCCAAAAAGAUUGUUAUUACUGACUGUGGCCAGCUGUCAUAACCUUUUGCCCUGCCAUUCAGGACAACUUCAAUGCUGUGAAAAAAUGGAUCAUAAAACCAAAACAUUUCUGAUCCCAUGAGUAGCACCUAUUGAGCCAUAUUAUCUAUUUAACUUGGUCCUACUUUUAUACUUCUAUUGAAUAAUACUGCUUGAAAACAAAAUGUUUAAUAAAAACAUGUUUUAACUGAGAUACCUUGGUGGUCACUGCCACAGUGACUUGGUUGAGAGUCCUAUUGUGUUUUAAAAGAAGUAGUAUGGUAACUGAGAGCGUAUCUGACUGUCCUGUUAAUACCGUUCUUACUAUUUGGAUUACCAAAUGUUCUGUAAUUGACAGAUAGAUAAAAGAUAAAUUGAGAAAUACCAUGUUCCCUUUGGUUCCAGAAUAGUCAUCUAUUCUGUUGUCUCAUUUUAAAAAAUUAUACUAACUGAUGCUCUCAAAACUAACUGCAAUAAUACCAUCAAAUGUUUUCUUUCUGUGUCUCAAUUCAAGUCUUUCAAGUAGAAUUAAUAUGUGUGGUUGUGGGUUCUUAAUUUGUCAGUUUCUGUAGUCUGAACAUUGUUUAAAACUGAACUGAUCCUUACUUGAUUAAACGGAGCGAUUUGACUUCUGGGUUAAGUGAACUGCUUUAAGAUGAGGUAGCGUGCUGGUAGAGCUCUACCAGUUUGCUAAGACUACAAAUGAGACAAAAGAUGAUGGGACUUUUUUUUUUUUACUAUCCAACAGUGAACUUUCUGGAAGUACAAUUCUGCUCCGAGAUACGAUUUUGUGAAGAAUACAGCACAGUACUCAAUAGAUCAGCUAUUUUUGCACUUUAAGAGUAUAAUCAGAGUGUAAUGAGCUUGCUUGAGUGAGAAACAGGUUUUAGUGAUUUUUUUAAUUUUUUUUUUUGUCCUGUUAGUCCUGCCAAGUUGGCCCACCUUGGAUUAUGGUUUCUUCUCACGUAUCAUCAACAGGAGUCAGAAGUAGUCGCUAUGGAGUUACACGGCCUACUGGGUGCAGCAAAAUCAUUAUUGUUGUGGUUGAUGCAUGAGAAGGAGGGAAUGCAGUUGAUCAGAUAAAACAUACUGGUUUCUACAAAUGAUGUGUUUAUGUGAAGUCCUUGAGCAGUAACAACUGUUGGAACCUCACAAUAUUACUUUUAGAAUUGCUAAAGCUGUGAAGUAUUAACGCUUGUGGGAAAAGCACUUGACUGGUUUUGUAUGAUAAUCUUGUUACUGAAGAGAAAAAUAAAAUGUGAUAGCUCUUUUCAA